GCUCGUCCCCGCCGCGGCCGCGCCGCCUGCAGCAGCUCGGGCUGCUCCUCCCCGGCGGCCGCCCCCCGCGGGUCCCUCCCUGGCUGCAGGAGAGACGGAGGAGGAGGGAGGACAGAGAGCCGCGCCGCCCGCACCGGAGCCCCUCGCCUCGCCCUGCCGGCCCCGCGCCCCCGGGAGGAACAUGGCAGAUAAUCUCAGUGAUACCUUAAAGAAGCUGAAGAUAACAGCUGCUGACAAGACUGAGGACAGUUUAGAAGGAUGCUUGGAUUGUCUGCUUCAAGCCCUGGCUCAAAAUAAUACAGAAACCAGUGAAAAACUACAAGGAAGCGGAAUACUUCAGCUGUUUGCAAGUCUGUUGACUCCACAGUCUCCCUGCACAGCCAAAGUAGCUAACAUCAUAGCAGAAGUAGCCAAAAAUGAAUUUAUGCGAGUUCCAUGUGUGGAUGCUGGAUUGAUUUCACCACUGGUGCAGCUGCUAAAUAGCAAAGACCAGGAAGUGCUGCUUCAAACGGGCAGGGCUCUAGGAAACAUAUGUUACGAUAGCCAUGAGGGCAGAAGUGCAGUUGACCAAGCAGGUGGUGCACAGAUUGUAAUUGACCGUUUAAGGUCGCUGUGCAGUAUAACAGAUCCCGCCAAUGAGAAGCUCUUGACUGUCUUUUGUGGCAUGCUGAUGAACUAUAGCAAUGAGAAUGAUUCCCUUCAAGCUCAGCUUAUCAAUAUGGGUGUUAUUCCUACCCUAGUGAAAUUACUGGGCAUCCACUGCCAAAAUGCAGCUCUUACUGAAAUGUGUCUUGUUGCAUUUGGUAAUUUAGCAGAACUUGAGUCAAGUAAAGAACAGUUUGCAAGUACAAACAUUGCUGAAGAGCUGGUAAAACUGUUCAAGAAACAAAUAGAGCAUGAUAAGAGAGAAAUGAUUUUUGAAGUUCUUGCUCCAUUGGCAGAAAACGAUGCUAUUAAACUACAGCUGGUUGAAGCAGGCCUGGUAGAGUGUCUACUAGAGAUUGUUCAACAGAAAGUGGAUAGUGACAAAGAGGAUGAUAUUGCUGAGCUCAAAACUGGUUCGGAUCUAAUGGUUUUAUUACUUCUUGGAGAUGAAUCCAUGCAGAAAUUAUUUGAAGGAGGAAAAGGCAGUGUAUUUCAAAGGGUGCUUUCUUGGAUUCCAUCAAAUAACCACCAGCUACAGCUUGCUGGAGCAUUGGCAAUUGCAAAUUUUGCCAGAAAUGACGGAAAUUGUAUUCACAUGGUGGACAACGGGAUUGUAGAAAAGCUCAUGGGUUUGCUGGACAGACACGUGGAGGACGGCAACGUAACUGUGCAGCACGCAGCGCUGAGCGCCCUCAGGAACCUGGCCAUCCCGGUUAUAAAUAAAGCAAAGAUGUUAUCAGCUGGGGUCACAGAGGCAGUUUUGAAAUUUCUUAAAUCUGAAAUGCCCCCGGUUCAAUUCAAACUUUUGGGAACAUUAAGAAUGUUAAUAGAUGCACAAGCAGAAGCUGCUGAACAACUGGGAAAGAAUGUUACAUUAGUGGAGCGUUUGGUGGAAUGGUGUGAAGCCAAAGACCACGCUGGUGUGAUGGGGGAGUCGAACAGACUACUCUCGGCCCUUAUACGACACAGUAAAUCAAAGGAUGUAAUUAAAACCAUUGUACAGAGUGGUGGCGUCCAGCAUCUAGUUACUAUGGCAACUAGUGAACAUGUAAUAAUGCAGAAUGAAGCCCUUGUUGCUUUGGCAUUAAUAGCAGCUUUGGAAUUGGGCACUGCUGAGAAAGAUCUAGAAAGUGCUAAACUUGUACAGAUUUUACACAGACUGCUAGUAGAUGAGAGGAGUGCUCCUGAAAUCAAAUAUAACUCCAUGGUCCUCAUCUGUGCUGUCAUGGGAUCUGAAUCUCUACACAAGGAAGUGCAGGAUUUGGCCUUUCUAGACGUCAUAUCGAAACUUCGCCGUCACGAGAACAAAAGCGUUGCCCAACAGGCCUCCCUGACAGAGCAGAGACUCACCGUGGAAAGCUGAGGACCGCCCCCCCCGCAUACGCCCAUCAUCCCAUCGCCCCUUGUCCUCCAUCCAGCUGCCUCUGCUGCUCCGUGCUCCACCGUACCACUUGUGCAUGCAUGUGAUGUUCCAGUACCAACCGAAGAACUUCUGUAGGUACCUAAUAAGAUUUCUAAACCCAUAAUUAGUGUGAACAUGAAUUCAUCAAAACCAGGUCUCCACCCAUAACUGUUCUCUUGUAUUCCUGUUGCUUGAGCUACAUUAAGUAGAAUGUGCAUGUUGUAGUCCUCUGAUGAUAUAAACUUGGUACUACAUCCCGACUUGCUCCUCACAUGCAGUAAACCACACGAUGAUGUCCUGGUAAAGUAGAAACAAAGAAUACUGCAGGACCUGUCUAGCUUAUCAAAGAUGAAAUUGAAUAGUAAAAAUAGCUCCAUUUUUUUUGGUGCUUAGGAAGCACGGUGACCAAAAAAAAACUGUAUGGCUGCUCAUUCAUUAGUCUUACUAAUGCCAAAACCAUGGUACCUAGAGUUAAAUAAAAUUCCAGUGCUCUCACUCUUUACCCGGUGGUUCCUCCUUUUUCCUGACUAUGUGGACUGUUGCAGGUGUCACAAACUUGGCAAGACUCUGAGACUUCUGAGUCCGUAUUUAAUUGACUGUCAUCAACAGCCUGAUGUGGAAAACAGUUGUAGAUUUCAGUGUGACACGAAGGGGUUGAAGAACCCCUGUGACACUAGAGCGUUUUGAGUUUCGCCUGAAUUUCAGAUUCUGACAUCUGUGCAUUUCAGCUCAGCACUUCUCCGUCAGCCAGUCAGCUCUGCCCAGCACUUGUCUCUAAAAGUUACUCGGCACUUGAUUGCAACUGAGGAAAUUGAGUAUAGCUCAUUGGAGAAUGGAUUUUUUUUUUUUUUUUUUUUUUUGCUGUUUUUCAUCAUUCAGCUAGAAAGCGAGAAGUUUCAUUGUCCUUAUAAAUCUUACAUUAGAACUAGCAGGACGUAGGAGGAAAGAUGAAGAAAUAAGCUUGUCUAGACUGAAGAAAGGAAGGCAGGUCAUAAAAGCCAUAGCAGCCAGUCCAGUUCAGUCUGCGGAGGGCCUCACUCCAACCGCUGUGAGGGUCCCCUCCGCCACCUCCCUGCUGGGACGUGCAGUCGUCUUAAAGGCUGCCAGUCAGCCAGGACUCAAGAGAAGACCCCCCUGGCGAAAUCGAGUGAGUGUACUCUUCACUGCCACUGCCACCACCAAAUGGGUUUUUAGAGCUUUGAACACAAUCUUUGUAAAUCAAACAAAACAUCCCUGUGACCCACCUGCCUUCGCCCCCUACCCAAGUUUGACCACCACUAGCCUGACAGGCAAGACGGGGUCCAGGGCAGUAACAAGGGCUGCCACGGAGGGGCGGGAGCUCUCUCCUCGCCUGCGUAGAUGCUGCACUUCUCUGUGAGCGACCCGGCUGGACUGGUGACUCUAAAACAGCUGUCUAAUGCAAGACAGUUAAAACCCUAGUGGAGGUGAAGAACCUUUUGACUGAGGUUCCCUUUGAUGUCCAAAUGAGGGACGAUUAUGAAUGCUAAUGCCACCCUUACUGCAAGAAUGAUCUUGUUUAUUGUCUUUCUCCUGGGCUGGAUAGUGGACUAUAUUUUAUUAUAGGUUUUGAAAGACAUCUGUAAUGUUGCUUAACAGACUGUCCAUAUUAAUAACUUAAUAAAUAAAUAGUAUAUCAAACUGUAA